CACCCUUUCUUUCUCUUUCGAAACCCCAACCCCUCCUCACUCCUCCGGCGAUCAUCGGAGCUCCGACGUCUCUCGCCGCCGGCCUCCGGUGCCGUGCCGAUCUGUGAGUCUCGCUCUGCUCUAUAAGGGCUACUUCCCCUCGGUCUCUGCCUUGAAGACGGGUUUCGUGGAGUUCUCUCCUGUUCUCGACGGACGUGAGAGGGGUCGCCGGAGCUAUGGCGAGCUACGCUUUUGCAGCGUUGCUGGAACGAUGAUUUGAGAAGGUUUGACGCGUUGGUUGGUGUUAAAAGUGUGAGGAAUUUGAGAAUUUCUUGAAAUCUUGGUGAUAGUGAGUAUAGGUUUAGGUGGGUUCGUGAUCUUCGAGUUGAGCGGUGAUCAGUUGAUGGCGGGAGCGCCGAGAGUGAGGUCCAUGAAUAUCGCCGAUUUGGAGGUGAGGCCGGUGUUCGGACCGGCGGGGAACAACAGAGCGAAGUCAGUCGUCAAGAAGCCGGCUUCAAAGCCUACCCGAAAGGCUGGUGAAGCGAAAAAGGUCGUUGCUUUAGCUCCGGCGCCGACCAUGGAUCCUGCGGUUGAUUCACCGCCUCUCUCGCCGGCUCUGAGCGCUCCCGCCGUGUUGAGAAGGCAGGAGCUUUUGCUACACUCCAACCUCUCACUCAAUGCCUCUUGCUCUUCCGACGCUUCAACGGACUCAUUCCGUAGCCGUGCGUCCACUGGGAGGAUCGGCAGGCCGGGGUCCGCCGGCCGCUGGAAGCAUAGUGGUCUGAAGCCGGAGAAGAUAGUAGCAAAGCUGGAGAAGAUCGUUCAAGAUGGUGGUGCGAUGCCUCAGCCUGAAGCCCGUCCUGGGAAGAGGAGGUGCGCUUGGGUCACGCCAAACACUGAACCAUGCUAUGCUGCCCUUCAUGAUGGAGAAUGGGGUGUUCCAGUCCAUGACGACAAGAAACUCUUCGAGCUUCUUGUGCUAUCAAGUGCACUGGCUGAGCUUACAUGGCCUGCCAUUUUGUGUAAAAGGCACAUCUUUAGGGAAGUCUUCAUGGAUUUUGACCCCAUAGCAGUCUCCAAACUAAAUGAGAAGAAGGUUAUAUCCCCAGGGAGCACUGCAAGCUCUUUAUUAUCAGAGCCAAAGCUACGAGCCAUCAUUGAAAACUCACGACAGAUACUAAAGAUUGUAGAUGAGUUUGGAUCAUUUGACAGAUACUGCUGGGGCUUUGUCAAUCACAAGCCAAUCACAAACCGAUUUCGGUACCCUCGCCAGGUCCCAGUGAAAUCCCCAAAAGCAGACGUAAUAAGCAAGGACCUGGUGAAGCGAGGUUUCCGUUGUGUCGGGCCAACGGUCGUUUAUUCCUUCAUGCAGGUUGCGGGUAUUACCAAUGACCAUCUCAUCAGCUGCUUCAGAUUUGAAGAGUGUGUCCACAAGGCAACAAUACCUGCAGUCUCCGCCGAGCUGGAUGCUGCAGUCAAUCUUCGAAAGGCCGAGGCAGGGAUUGAAGUCAUCGAUUUGGAACUGUCAAAGGCUGUUAAUGGUUUGAGCAUUUCACUGCAAAAUGGUUUCUAAAGAAAAAAAAAAAUUGUAACAUGUAUUGAACUUGGUGAAGGGUAGUGCUACUGAGAUCUACGGCUAAAUUUCUUAUUUA